AUGUAUACUGAUAUUCCAGUUAGCCGUGUCUUUGUCAUGAAGGAGUUAAGAAUUGAAGCAGUACUUCAAAGUGAUGAUAACAAGAAUAGGAAACAGGUUGAGAGCCUUAGUCUGCUUUACGUAAGUAUCGUGUAGAUCUCCGGAAGAAUUGUUUGCAGCCAGCCCUCAAAACCCAGGGACUUCGCCUGCCGCUGGUCAAUAUAUAGGAAGGCGCUAUUCUAAAGGACUGCUCCAGAAAAACUAUUUUUCUUAACAUUUGUCUGUGGUAGAAGAAUAGCGAGUUUGCUGUUGGUGUCUCUUAAAAAGUAAUUAUAGGUAUUGCAACGAUCUGCCAUUGCUACGAUCUACUGUGCACUUAACAAGGCCUCAAGGUGCUUAAGAUAUAUUACGCAUAGUCUUCGAUACACCCGCCUCUCACCGCUCUUUUGAAGAAAUGUCCCUAGCGGCAGAUAGCGAUAUGAGGACACAAGGCUUUUCUACUUUUUAGAUAUAGGCUCCUCUUUGGCAUCCACGUAGCUAUUUUUUCAGUUUUGAGAGCCCGCAAGGGUAAAAAACUUCGAAAAGAAACUAUAAUAAUUGCACCAAUACUUAGUCGAAAAUUUUUAAUUGCUUCAAGGAAAUUAGUUUUUAUAAACCAAAUGGCAUUGUUUGGGAUGAUUUAAUUCGUAAAUAUCCCGCAAUGCAAAAAUUCAUUCAGUAAACAGUUUUAGUUUUUACAUUUUUUUUUUCUGUUCAUAUACCAUUUUUGAGGGGAAUCUCCAGUCUGAAACUGAACAUGAAAGUGUGUGACGCUAUCCCGCGGGGACGCUACAUGUUGUAUCUGAAGAAAAUGCGACAAUCAAUGAGAAGAAUAGGUUUACUAAAAGAUUUGAUUUCGAAUGGCUUUUAAUAUGCCUUUCAGUAAAUUGUUUAAAGCGUAUCUAUCGGUAACACUGGCGUGACGGGCAGUGUAACGCUAUUUCUGAAUCACUAGAAUGUCGCGACUUUUCUUGCGGGUACUUAAAAUCGUUUGCCCAGAGAUUUGUUUUGAUUUUCUGCUAGAUUGGGGCCUAGUCUAGCCGUAGAGAGUCAAUUUGCGAAAUUUUAAGUUAUAGCGCAUUGUAAAAAUUUGCAUUAUUUUAUCCCUAUAAUUUUGAACGGCAAAAAUUGUCAAUAUGGCCUAUUUUUAACAAUACCUUUUUGGCCACAAAAUUUUUACAGCUUUCACAAAUUUAUCGUCUUAUAAGAAAGAAAGUGUCAUAAAAACUAGUCGUGUUUUUCAAAGGCUGCCAAAUCGUUGUGGUUUGACGUACGAGUCAAUGAAAUUUGUGUAAAAUUUCGCUUUACCGGAAGUGGAUUUUGAGCUCCGAACGGGCAAAAUGAGUUUUCUCGAAUUUUAACAAAAGAACACGUUAUUUGGGAAAACUAACUACAGCAUGUUUCAUUACUCAUUAAGGGUUAUCGAUGAGCCAAAAAUGAGCAAAAUCCGAAUUUUGAACUUGUGCCACAAAAAGUCGAUUUUGGUCGAUAUUUACAGACAGUCGCUCUUAACAUGCCUGGUUCGACUAUUGGGGAUGAAGAGGAAUAAUGGAGUAACAAUAACGGAAUUUUUUGGUUGUAAGAAUGGAAUAAUACCAUUUUGUGGCGCGGAAUAAUGGAAUAAGCAGAUGUUUUCAACGGGAUAAUUUGCUCUUUUUUUACUGGAAUAACGGCAUGAGGAAAAUUUUCCAGCUAGAAUAAUGGAAUAAUGAACAACUAAUUAUUCCUCUUCACCCUUCGAUUCGAUUAUUCAGCCAUUUAAAGUUGUUUUCGAUGACAGAAAAUUCUUAACGAGCUCAAACAUUGAGGCACAAUUAUUGGAGGCACGAGGUAUCCAAAACAUUAAUAUGCUCUUGCAUUUUUUUAAGGAACAGUGAGUUUAAGGACGUAUAGGAAAAUGAUGUUUGAUUGAGUCUUCCCAGCCCCUUGGCUUUACUACUGGCAAAAAAAAAGAACAUAGCGACAUUGUGAUUAACAACAACAACAACAAAAUAAGAGAAAGCUAUGCUCAAGGCCUAAUUAACACUUAAAAGUAUAAAUAAAGAUAUGGCUAAACUCACUUUGGUUUGCACACGCACUACUAACCCAAAGGCUAAGCUUACGUGCAGAUGGGUACAGUCAUGGAAAUAUAACUAAAUGGUUGAUAGUAUUAUCAUUCUACUCUCGGAACUAAACUUACAAGUGUAAAAACGCUGGUCAAAAAUUUUAACCAGCAUUGGAAAACGAGCUAGAAAACGAUCUGGCAGUUGUUACACGCAUAUUUUCCAUACGGAGACUGUGGCAAAGGACACUGGGAAGUCACUAUAACCUAACUUAUGAAGAUGGCGAUAAUCAAUUCAUAUUAACUACUGUUAGGACGUUCUUGCAGUAAGUAAAUGAUGGAUUCACGAAAAAACAUCACUAUUCAAAACCAACAAACACAAACCUGGUUCACAGGAGAAACAUCCUCCUUUUCUCCAUCAGUAUCAACCUAAUUUGGUUUUGUGACAAAGACAAAGGUAAGGUUUUGCAGACCUUGAUUCUUAAACAGGUUAUACAAUUCCAAGCGUGUUGAACAUGAUAUUUUUGUAGACGAAAGGCCUUGAACAAGGGGUAGACGUCGGCGAUGCGCCGUCUACAUGUGCGGACUACCAACAAACAUUUAAAAAAUAUCAUAAGUCAAUCUUGUUUUCAUUUUUCAUUUUUUUUCUGUGUCCUUUAUUACUUAAUUCUGUAUGAAAAAUAAAAAUGGACUAGUGAGGUUUAUCAAAAAUGGUCUUUUGUCUCACAAACAGGGUAAUGAAGUGACUGGUUUUUGUCUUAAAUAGAGUCACGGUUUGAAGGCCUCAGCGGCAUAACCACCACCCAGACGUUCAGCAAAUGCCUUCCAAUGGGCUUAUCCGUAGUAUAUAUAGCAUGAGGAAAGACGUUUUAGAGGGUACCAUGGGCGUCUAAGUUUCAUAGACUAAGGCUAUGGAGGAUGCGAAAAAUCGUCAAGUCUGUCUUUCCUUUUUAGGUGUUCCCAUUCGUUCGUUACAAGAUUCUUCUUAGGUUUAGUAUUAUACUCUAUUUUGUUUCCCUAUUUUUAUUUUUAUUUUUUGGCGAAAAAGACGAUGUUCUCUUUCCAAACGCUGUUGAAAGGAACGUUCAGUCCUUUACCCUGUCAUCUGCAGUUCAGUAUUACAGCUAGAGUUUCCAUGACACUAAAACGUCAAUCAGUGCAAAGACUUUCAUACCACAAAAAAGCCCGUACUUUUUGUGUAAGCCAAGAACGCGGAAUAGUCGAACGAAUGGUCUGAAGCAAAACGAAUGGUCGUUCCCUAUUGUCUGGAGCAGAGAAGGAGGAUGUGUGGGGGGAGAGAUUGAGUUAGACUGGGGAGGCGGAAGCGAAAAAUACGUCUUAAAAAAAUACGAUAGAAACUGCAAAGAAAAAUAAAAGGAAGAAAACAAGAAAGAAAAAAAAGACAGUUACGCCGUCUAAUUAAAAGCAGUUGAAAAGUUAGUACUACCAAAUCCGUUCCUGCUGAUCAAUAACAAAGCGCCAAAAGUGCUCCAUGUUCAAGUUGAAUAUAUACCAUAAAAAGUUGGAAAUGAAGGAAUGCACGUAUUUAACCUGUAACAGGCCUUCAGAUAGUUGGGAAAAUGCAAAGAAAAAGGGAGCUAGAAAACAUGGCGAAGGGGCGGGGCUAGGGAGAGAGGGCGAAAGAUCCUCCUACUCUGUCCCUCUUACUCUCUUCAACGUUUGUUUUCCUCCGUUCCCCAUUUCGCGACACUGUCCACUACCCUUGGAACAGGCUAGUUCAUAGUGGGCCAGACAGUGCCGAUGCAAGUGAUCUAUAGAUGUCCAUUUAGGAGUAUUUGACAUUUUAAAAGCUCGUACUCACGCUGCAACUAGUCCUGCUUUAGCAUGUGUAAAACGCCACUUUUUUUUCUAUUUUCCGUUUUGCUGUAGGGGAAAGUUCUUGGCGAUUUGUGUUUGAUGAUGGUGUUUCAUCGUCGAUCGAAACGAGUUAAAAUAUUUUCUGAAACGUUCCUUACAAAGUACCUUUAGAAGAGUGAUAGUAAUACAUCGAAACGUACAUGUAUACUUAUACAUAAUUACUUGAAAGAGAAAACUCGCGAGAAAAAAGAAAGUGUUCUAAUUAGUCAAUAUUGGUUGUCCCCGUAUUAAAUUUAACGUAUUUAUGCCUUUUGACGGAUGCUUGAAUUAGUAAAACACACCGCUGUACUUGUUUAAAGUUUGUUUUCGUUGGGCUAGGUCGUCGACGUCUGGCCUACGUCGCUCAAAAAAGGCGACUUUUGGGCAAUUCUGCACUAGAUAUUGUAUCCAAACAAAAUGACUCUUCUAAAUAAGAUAAAUGUACUGAAAGAUGUAAUCUAGAUUGUAUGCUGGAAUUUGGGACAUGAUCAACGUUGAAUAGAAUGUUUAAAGCGUAUCUGUCGUUAACACCGCUGGCGUGACUGGCCGUGUAACGCUAUUUCUAACCAUUGGAAUGUCGCGAUUUUUCGCAAAAUUAGGGUUGAACUCGAGGUCUUGUGGGCUACUUAAAAUCGUUUGCCCAGAGAUUUGUUUUGAUUUUCUGAUAGAUUGGGGCCUAGUCAACCGGUAGAGAGUCAAUUUGCGAAAUUUUAAGUUAUAGCGCAUUGUAAAAAUUUGCAUUAUCUUAUCCCUAUAAUUUUGAACGGCAAGAAUUGUCAAUAGGGCCUAUUUUUAACAAUACCUUUUUGGCCACAAAAUUUUUACAGCUUUCACAAAUUUAUCGUCUUAUAAGAAAGAAAGGGUCAUAAAAACUAGUCGUGUUUUUUAAAGGCUGCCAAAUCGUUGUGGUUUGACGUACGAGUCAAUGAAAUUUGUGUAAAAUUUCGCUUUACCGGAAGUGGAUUUUGAGCUCCGAACGGGCAAAAUGAGUUUUCUCGAAUUUUCACAAAAGAACACGUUAUUUGGGAAAACUAACUACUGAACUUGUGCCGACCGUGGGUCGAUAUUUACUGAAAGCCGCUCUUAAGUCUUUCAGACUCAGAAUCAACAGUUAUUAUUAUUUUUUUUUUCAUACUCUACUACAGCUUGGUGAUCCAAACGAGGACAGUGUUAGUGAACCCACAUUAUCAGGACCUGAUCAUGAGUUAGUGGUUGAUACUACUUCACCUCCAGAGGAGAUCAAGGAACGAGCAGUUCAGUUGAUAAAGGAAAUACAAGAUGAAGAUUUUAAGGCUGAAGAAUCUGUUGUCAGUGUUGAACUGUGGGAUUUUGCUGGACAACACUUGUAUUAUGCAUCCCAUCCUGUAUUCUUAUCAUCACGUGCGCUGUACAUCUUGGUGUGCAACCUCAGCAAGUCACUGCAUGACACAGCCAAGCCCUGUGUGAGACAAGGGUCUCGUAAUGUUGAGUUGGAAAACCCAAAUGGAGAAACAAAUCUUGAGAACUUGUUGUCGUGGCUGUCCACAGUGCAUAGCGUCUCGCAAAUGAGAAGAGAAACCUGUGAUGAUGUAGAAGAAGAGGUUCCUCAUUUGCGCCCCCCAGUGAUCAUUGUAGGAACCCAUGCAGACAAACCAUUUGAAGACAUUGCAACAAUGAAAACAGAAAUCCAGAACGCAAUUGCUGGUAAGGACUAUGAAGGACAUGUGGUGCGGCCUAUCUUCAGCAUUGACAACACUGCGAAAUUACUUCAGAGUAAGAUCAGAAAUGUUUUUACUGCGAAAGAUGAAAACAUUGAUGACAUCCAAGCUUUACAAGUCAAAAUUAUGGAAGUGCUAAGACAGGAGCCUUACAUUGGGGAGAGGAUACCUAUAAGGUAAAAAAUGGUUAUACAAAAACAGAAUCCAUUAAAGUAAAUAUUACAUAAUUUUAUUGUGAAGGUUUGAGCUGUGAGCGUACUGAAAUUACUGGUUAUGUGUACGGCGUUUGUUUUCACCAGUCCUUGUAACUAAGAUUUUUCUUUGAUGUGCAAUGUGUUUCAGGUGUCUUAAGUAACUCAGUGACUGCGACGCUAUCUAAAAUCGUGACCGCAACACGUCUAAAGGCUAGUUCAUUGUAUAAUCCUUCACUUUGGUUAAAAACAGCGAGAACAGAAAAAAUUCGGUGAUUCCCGUAUUAGCCACCUGGCGGUCAUGAGAAAUUAAUAUCUCGUUGUUUGAAACAAGUUCACCAUGAAAAGCAGUUUUGACUGGCCUUAAGGAAUAUUCUACCCUAAAGGGUUUGAUAACAUUAUUACCAAUUGACCAAAAAGCACUGUGUACAUUUCAAUUGUCGUUUUAAAAAGGUAAAGUAAAGUGGAUCACACACAGAUAUUUCUCCAGUGGAUACAGUUAUCCACCUUUCGCACAUCUGGGCCCUGUACUUUAGUCAGGACAGGUAUACUGUGUCGUGGCAUGGGUACUUGAAAGCUAGCUAUCAAUUUUCUCUUUGGUUUUGUAAACUAGUUGGCUGAACUUUGAGAAAGUCAUCCACGCUUUGCUUUCCAAGCCAGUUUAUUUCCUGAGUAUAACGAAGCUACGGACCCAUGCCAAGGAGAAGUGCUUCAUUAAUGAAGAGAAAGAGUUUACUACUAUGGUGAAUUUCUAUCAUGACCUGAGGAUAAUUAUCAAGCACCGGGGCACAGUCAUCUUGAGUGCCAAGUGGCUGAUAGACUUGUUCGGGCAGCUGAUCACUAUUCCAGAUUUUACGAAAAUGGUAAGAAAUACAAGUUAACGUGUUUUUAAACUUGCCAUAUUUUUAACGGCCCCCAUUUUGGAUGACAUCACGGGUGUCAAACCGUGGCGUAACAAACAAAAAUAAUUAUGUCACGUGCAUUGCACGCUAUCUUUUGUGUGUGUCAUCAGCACAAUCUACCUUUAAAGGGGUGCACUGGAAGUACAUUGCAUGACUUGUAGAAUUAUCCUCAAAUGUAGUCUUAAAGGAACGUCUCACAACAAAAAAGAGUGGAAAGAUACAUAUACGUGUGCUGAAACCAGCGACUCUUUAUGUCGACCAAUCAGAACGCACUUUUAUAGUUUCUGGAGUUUGAACCGUAAGAAUUUUCCGGCGAGUAAACCAAAUGGAGGAUUCUGGCAUUUACGUGACGCUUUAAAGAGCAUUCUAAAGAUUUAAAAUCUGAGGUCUGUUUAAAAGGCUAUGAUCUUUUUUCGCCCCCAGAGAGAUUUAAUCACAGUUAUACUUUCUAGGCAGUCUUUCGUAACUUCCAUUUUAUGUGUCCUAACACAAAUCCGCAAAUUACAAGGAGGAAAGUUUUCCUUGAAUGUUUACUUAAAAUGUUAAGUACUUUAUUUCUUUCAGAGAACUUGCUAAACUUUAUUAGUAUAACAUUUAGAAAUGUAAAAUGAUCCUGGAAGAAAGCUAUUUUGAAUAGUUUUAUGAUCAUUCAAUCAAUCAAUCUUUAUUCUUCCUAAGAUAAAAAGACAUAUCUUAAGUUACAUCAGCAGUUGGGAGUCUAAAAAUACAUAAGACAUACUGUAUACAAAUAAUAGAAAGAUCAAAGAUUAUAUCUGAAAAUAAGCCUAUUUACAACAACAUUCUUAAAUGUAUCAGUCUUUAUAUCCGGGCGAUGAGUACUUUUGUUUCUGAGUUGUUACUUUGUUUCUUUCUUCUUCAGAAUGAUGUUACUAAGCUGGCAAUCGGGAUCCACUGAACGUACCUUGAAAAGCUUCUUAUCUGCCUUUUCUAAAAGUUCUCGAAUGUCCAUUCUCUUAGAUGUGUAUUUCCUUUUAAAGCAUUUAUCCAAAACGUUUUGUAUCACCGUGAGAUCUGAGUCUACAGCGCCAUAAACAGGCAGACCAUAAUUGAAAUUCGGUAAAACUAAGGCGCUAAAUAGGUGGUCUACUUCAACUUGACUAAAACCUUCCAUCUGUAAAAAAUCUUAAUACAAACAGACACUAACAGUAUUUGCCUUAACCAACUUAGCACGUACGUGUUCGCUAUUAUUUACAAUUCUCCUGAAACGUAACACCUAAAAUGAGCAGCGAAUGUUAUUAACUUGCACAAUAUCCUGAAUAAAACCUUUCUUGCGAAAUAUAAUUUCUUUAUAUUCCUCUUGUUAUUCCGUCUUAGGUCCCCAAGUUUGCAAAGCACUGGAAGGAAGUCGAAGAUAGCGGUGUUCUCAGCAUGGAACUGCUUGAUCAUGUGUUUUCCAAAUUUCUUCUGGAGGGCGUUGCCAGGAAAGACAUUCUGGAUUUGAUGGAACAAUUUGGAUUGAUUGCAAAAUUUUCAUCCUCAAAGACAGGUGAAAAAUAUUUUGUUCCAUCUCAACUCAAAGCUUCGCCUGAUUCCCUUUGUUCCAUGGCGCCCUCAAGGCUGGACCCUUGUCCUCUGUUUGUUUACUUUGUCAGCGGUUCUGUUCCCCAUGGUCUGUUCACUCGGCUUGUUUCUCGAUCUGUCCGUUGGUGUUCAGAGGCUGGUCCAACUCAGCCCCCUACCCUGUACCAAAAUGGAGCGUGGUUUGUCAUUGGGAAGCAAACUUUCCAUGAUUUUGUUCUUAUUUGUAAGAAGCAGUUUAUUAAGUUUUCUAUCAAGCAAAGAAACCAACUUCAGCAGAUCUCGGUGGAUGGCACAAGUGAGGUGGCAGUGCAUGUUCGUGAGUUUGUGGAGGCAACUUUGCAAACUUUGUCACGUGAUCUCUAUAAAGGUGGAUUGCAGUAUCAUAUUCGGGUCGCCUGUCCGUAUUGUCAGCGGGAAAAGUGUUCAAGGCAUGAUCAGAUCGCAUGUUCUCAUGAAGAUUGUCUUCACCUCCUUGAGUUAAGACAAGGCGAUCCUCUGAUUUGCAAGAAGAAACCUGUUGAGGAGGUACUCAGAGUUACGGGACGGCAAAAGUGGUUCUCACAAAUAGAAAGUAAGGUAGGUAGCAGUAAAAUGCGAUCUCUAGCAGUGCUGUUAGCAAAUUUCAUAUAGCAAGUGAAUACACAUACUAAUAAUAAAAACUUAUGUCCUUAAAAGGUAGCCAUCUAUUUAAACUAAAAAGGCUUCAAGAAAGUCUAUGCAUGUGCUUUGUUAGGUUAUACAGGGCUUCUGAUAUUUCGCGCGGUCGCGGACCCGCAAAAUUCAGGUAUUUCCGCGAAAUCCCGCGAAAUUCCCCAAAAAACGAGAAAUACCGCGAAAUCCGCCAGAAAUAUUUCCAAAUACAUGUCGGCAAAACAUAUUUAAUACUUAUCUUGGCUAUUAGACCUGUUUUAUUCAUGAACGUCGCGAAAAACUGGGUACUAACCAUAAUGUUAGUAGCUUUAGCAUUCGCUCAUUUCUCGAGCGAACUAUUGUAGAAAGAGCAAAUGAUUAUCCCUGUUAAAACAACGUUAAAAAACGCUGGUCAUAUCCACGCAAAAUUGAUCGAUUUUAGCUAAAUUUGCCCAAAAAAAUUCUAGUGAAAUCGGCUGUUUUUUACUGAUUGUUUCUUGGCAAAGUCUCCCCCCGAAAUUUCCCGUGAAAUCGGCCGAUUUUUCUCUGAAAAUCCUUCGUAAUUUGACUUUUUUUCCGCUAAAAUCCCGCGAAAUCGGCCGAUUUUUCUGCGAAUUUGCCCCUGAAAAUCCCGCGAAAUUUUGCUUUUUUUUCCGCGAAAUAUCAGAAGCCCUUAUAGUAUGAUGUACAACGUAUGCCUUCAUUUAUCCUACCACGAGCUUCUCUGCAGUGUAAUAGAAAGCUUUGUUGCUGUCAACUUAACGAACAUUGGUUCUUAAUAUCAUGUAAGUUGAUAAGGUCAAUUGGCUACCAUGUAUUACUAAUUGUUAUUGGCCUGUAGGCAUUAAGCAGUGGGCAUAUAACUUUUUCUCAAGUCUUUUUUAACGUGCUGUUUGCUUUGCGGUUGAGCAAAAAGGUUAAUAGCAUCUAACGUGUUAACAUGUUUUGCAAACUUUCAUUCAAAAAGGUAGAAACCCCCAGAUGUAAAAUUUAUAUUUUAUAAUAUGCACUUUUGGUUGCUAUGUAGGAAGCGUGUACUCCAUCAUCAUCACCUGAUACUGCACAAGCUCGUCCAGAGCGUCUGGUACUGAAAGUUACACUUCUCGCGAAUGAGUGGGGGUCGUCUAAGGGUGGCUUGUCAACAAUAAACAGAACUCUUGCCAUACAAUUGGCAAAAGACGCAAACGUAGAAGUCACCAUUCUUGUACCUGAAUUUGAGUGUGGCGAAGAGGAUAAGAGAGCUGCCAAAAGUCACAACAUUUCCAUCCGGGAAGCAGGGCGCCUUCCUGCCUUCAGUGAUCCUCUUGACUGGUUGAGUUUUCCACCAGAUGACCUUGACAUUCAGGUUGUGAUCGGCCAUGGAGCAAAGCUUGGCAGACAAGCGCAAAUUAUCAGAAAGUCUCAUUGCUGCAAGUGGGUGCAGGUUGUUCACACUGCGCCUGAAGAGCUUGCGAUGCAUAAGAACUAUCCAAGCGCCAUUGCCAAGGGAGAAGGGAAGAACAGAGCUGAAGUUGACCUUUGUCAAAUUGCAGAUCUCGUUGUAGCCGUUGGACCCAAGUUAAAAGAAGCGAUCGCGUGCAAGUUGCGUUCAUCUCAUCGAGACAUCUUUCAAUUUAUACCAGGUUCCUUUGCAGAGUUUUCAGAUAUUGAACAUGCUGCACAAGAUGGUGUAAAUUUCAGAGUAUUGACCUUUGGUCGCGGUGAUUUCGAAGACUUUAGUCUUAAAGGAUACGACAUUGCCGCUCAAUCCAUAGUUGAAUUGAAGGACAGUACUUAUAGCCUUGUUUUCGUUGGUGCUUCCGAUGGAAAGCAGGAUGAAGUGGCAGAAAUCUUACUCCAAACUGGCAUUUCAAAGAACCAGCUGAUUGUGAGAUCAUUUGUGAAAGACAAAAAAAGAUUGAGAGAGUUGUUUUGUGAAGUUGAUCUGGCCAUCAUGCCAUCAAGAACUGAGGGGUUUGGUUUGACAGCAUUAGAGGCCAUGUCAGCUGGUCUUCCCAUUCUAGUUAGUGGAAACUCCGAAUAUGGAAAAGCACUGCGUGCUCUUCCAAUGGGUGAGUCAUUUGUGAUCGACUCUGAUGACCCCAAGGAAUGGGCAAAGGCAAUUGCAGCCAUCCGUCAAAAAUCAAGGACACAGCGGCUUGAGGGAAUCCAAAGACUGCGAAGAGGUUAUGAUGAAAGAUUCAGUUGGGAGGGACAGUGCCAGGCCCUUGUUGACAGGAUGUGGAAGAUGGUCUAUGGUAAGAAAUCAAAUUUACCGAUAGGAAAGUAACGAUAAUAAUAAUAAUUAGUAUACUUGAAAAUGUUAAAAUGCAUAUCUUACCAGAAUCAUCCUUCAUUUGACCUUCGUCAUUCAUCGCUGCAUGUCUAUGGCCUCUGCAAUAGCGAGUGCAUAAAUACAUUUUUACUACAUUAUGUUUCGUGGUCCAUGUGCAUCGCUAUUGUCGUUUGCCUUUUUAACCUUAAUGUUGGCAUUCACACUCUCCACACUGUUCUCCAUACAUAUCUUGUGUUACUGAUGAGGAGAAUUUGUUUAAUAAUCAAGAUCUUUUUUACCGGCUUAUCAAUUCCAUUCUUUAAAACUUUUAUGUAUAAUUUUAUAAAAUGUUGGCUACACUUGAAGGAGUUAACGACAAAAGAAAAUUAAAAUCUAUAACAUUGCGAUACAUCAAAGUCAUCUGAUUUCUAUUCAUCUGCAGCAGCAAUGGUGGGGUUCUCUUGUAUAUAAAAAGAAAGUAACAAAAAAAGCCCAGCCGAACUUUUGGCUAUAACUUAUAACAAAAAAUGAAUGGAGGGCUUUUAGGGUUGGAAUCUUCCUUUUUUUAAGAGUGACUUUUUUUUGUUAUAAUCAACAAUUUUUAAUUUUCAGGUCUUGAAAAAACCAACGAAGGUGACGUUCCACCGAGCGACUGUGGAAAAGUUGCUGCAACAGGACCGAUGGCAGGUAAUGUAAUUGUUUGCUUUGUCAAUUAAAGCAAAGACAAAAUUUAUUGUGCAGUAGAGUGCGGUUAUUUUCUUCUGUUGAACAGGGGUGCUUUCGAUUAUUCGGAUGCUUUUAGCUUUUCAAUGUUUAGUGUAGCAUCUCCGAGUAAACUAACGUAAACUAACUGUUUCCCUCUCCCGCUUACAGGCCAAACCAUUUAAAUUCACUGCUAAUUUAAACUUUACAGGUGUCGAAAAAACCCAAGAAGAUGGCGUUCCACAAAUUGGUUUUGAAAAAGAUGCUGCAACAGGACCGAUGGCAGGUGAUGUCAUUGUUUGCUUUGCCAAUUAAACCAAAGCCAAAAUAUAUUUUUGCAGUAGAGUGAAGUUACUUUGUCCUUUUAAAACUACAGUAGCUUUUCUGAAAUUGUCGAUUGUUGUAAGCUUCAGACCAGUGCACUGUGCUGCACCUGUCUUAUGGAACUCGCUGCCAUUAACUAAAAGAACAAGUAGGAGCCUCGCCAUUUUUAAAAAGCAUCUUAAAACAUUUCUUUUUAGGAAAGCUUAUAAUUUACUAGAAUAACUUUGAAGUUUAGUGCUUUGAAUAUUUUAAUUUUAAUUUUGUAUAGAAUUUUAAACUUUUUCGAUUUUCGCAUAGCAUGGAAUUUUUUUGCUAUUGUUGUUGUUAUUAUUAGCUUUUAGGAAUUGUUUUAAUUGUAACUUAAUGUUAAGCGCUUUUGAAUAUUUUAUAGUUCUACAACCCCGGACAAAACUGUUGAGACAAUUCCAUCUAUUUUCUAACUUUUGCGCCCUACUCCCGUCUCCCUUAAACACAAAAAGUAAACCCCCUCCCCACCCCCUAUUCAAAGUUGCCUUGGUCUAAAAACCAACGUGUAUAAUUGCCAUGCUAUCCUAAACAACUUUGGAUAAGGGGAGGGGGGAAAUCGGGCAUUCAUUUGGCGGCGGUUUCAGUUUUUGCCGGGAUGACAGGAAAAAAUAGGCAUUUUCGCGAUUUGUCUCAACAGGUUUUGUCCGGGGUUGUCUGCGGACUGUUUUCGGUAUUCUUUAACUUUCAUAGCAAUUACCUCAAGUUAUAGUCCUCUCUUUUGGUCAAAUUGAUAGAAGCCAUUGUGUCAGCAUACUUUUUUUUUCUUUUGAAUGCGAAAUAAAAUUUUUACAGUAAAAAUUGAAGUUAUAACACUCUGAUUACAUGAUCUGUCAAAUGACAUUUACUCUGUGACGUUACCAUGGGCAUGACUUUCAACGGCUUACGUGUCCGUAGACGCUUUGCCUGCUCAAAUGAUGACAUUGAUAUGUAAUCGCCAGACAAAAUGGAUCUCUCGAGAACUUCCGAUAGUGACGAGUCAUUUUCAGGAGGCUCAGAAAUAUCGCAUGAAUCACUAGGUGAGAGGAAGGUUAGUGCGCUUAUCUGGUCACUUACAGUCACGCCAAUUUGGCUCAUUUUUCCAUCCCGCGAGUAAUUUGCCUUAGCAGUGAUUACGUCGUUCGCCAAGUGUAGUGCAAAGAUCCUACACUUAAUAGGACAACAUUGCCUCAGUUACAGCAAAUGUGGAAUUGUGUACGAACGGGAAUGUGGUAUGAUGGAUCUCUCAUUUCUCCACGCAGAUCCCGCGGGAACAAUAACGGGAAAUCCCUUGAUGUGUAAGGUGCUUCAAUGAGCUUGCUAUGCAACAAAAACGGAGUAGUUUUUCUCGCAGACGGUUAACUUAACGAAUAAAGUACCGCAGAGGAAAGAAACAUCGGUUAACGACGGUUAACAACGGUUAACAACUUUUCUGAAGAAAAACAACAGUUAGACUAUCAGUUUCCUUUAAUAUAUUCUGUUAACCGCUGUUAACCGUUGGAAUAAACAUGUGCGUGCCUGUUAAUCGUUUAUUUCAAGCGUUUACGGUGCUUUCAAGCAUUUUCCGUAGUAUAUAGAACCUUUUUGUUGAUUUUCAAGCAUUAAAAAGACCUUUUUACUUAAGGGAAAACUUUUUGACACUGGUGUAAUUGUCAUGAAGUGCGCUGUUUUUUGCCACAAAAGAACUGCCAUCGUGUGACAACAUGUUUUCGCUGUAUUUGUGAUCAAAGAGGCAUUGCUUUCUCUACACAUCCUAUUUCUACCCAUUUUGGAAUUUCUUCAUUAAUAUUUGUUCUUUUGGCCUUGGUUGUCAUAGAAGAAUUAACGGUUUUAUCGGCAUGGAUUCCAUUAUUUUGUCAAGUAGAUAAUCUGGUAUAUAUGUUGUAAAUUGUUCUAAUUACACACUCAGUAAACGCGGGUAUUGUUAACUCGGUGAAGCUUACUUUUCCAGUUCUACUUUAACUACAUGGAGAAAGUUGUCACUGCAACUAAGUAUCACUACCUCUAAGGGUUAUUUUUAACUGCUCCGCCGCAUUCUUGAGUCCUCGUGCAUGACCUGCACACCACGCACUAUUAUUUUUGAACAGGACAGUUGUGCUGCGCAAAUAUAAUAAAUACCCAGUCUUAUCUAAUGUAUUCGACAUGUAAGCACAAUUAACGUUGGUAAAGAGGCCGGAGGUAAGGCUCCUAUUAAGAUAUCAUAUUUGUGACACACAGUAACUCCUUAACCGUGGCCACCAACCACAAUUAAUUUCAAUACUUUUUCUGUAAAGAGCAUGAUUUCUUUCUCAUUUAGGUAUAAGGUUUCUAGUUUAUGGCUAAAUUUCUAAGUGCAUAAUUAAUGCGUCCUAAUUGUUUUUAUGACACCUUCUCUCGUAGUCACAAAGCUUUAGACAAGUGCAACAUCUGUGCAAAAAAUCAAUACCCUCCGACCUUACAUCGCGAAGUUACAGCGAUUUGAACAACUGGCCUUCACAGACAACCCCGGACAAAACUGUUGAGACAAUUCCAUCUAUUUUCUAACUUUUGCGCCCUACUCCCGUCUCCCCUAAACACAAAAAGUAAACCCCCUCCCCACCCCCUAUUCAAAGUUGCCUUGGUCUAAAAACCAACGUGUAUAAUUGCCAUGCUAUCCUAAACAACUUUGGAUAAGGGGAGGGGGGAAAUCGGGCAUUCAUUUGGCGGCGGUUUCAGUUUUUGCCGGGAUGACAGGAAAAAAUAGGCAUUUUCGCGAUUUGUCUCAACAGGUUUUGUCCGGGGUUGUAGCACUAUACAAACUCUUUAUCAUUGUCAUUAUCAUUAUCAUCAUCUCCUAUAAAACUGGCGUGAAAUAACCUCUAUCUUAAUAUUUCUUUUUCAUCUUCUGCUUUCAGGUGAACUCAUUUUCCGUACACUUCAACAAAUCCUGCGGGAAGCACGCAUAGAGUCCAGCAAAACUGAGCUUUCGGAAGCUUUAAAGAGGACUGCGUUGGAAAAAGGUUUUGCGAUAUCUGACAAUCAAGGAGAGGGAAACUGCAUGUUUUUUGCACUUUCAGAGCAGCUUGACCACAUCAAAGGAAUUCAAAUCUCCCAUGAUGAGUUACGCCGAACUGUUGUACAACACCUUCGGGAAAACCCCAGGCUGGUAAGUAUCUUAUUACCUUAUUAGGGUGCACACAUUUACAGUAUACGAGCAUAACCGUGGCAUUUGCCCGCUACAUUGUUUUAAUUCCUCUUAAAGUUAAAAACAAUAAGGCCCUGUCCACACGUAUCCGAAAUACGCGUCCACACGAAGCGUAUUUGAAUCUUUUUCUCCCGUCCACAUAAAAACGCUAAAAUGAUUGAAAUAGGAAUAGCAUCCAUUUACAGAGCAAUGUUGUAUUCUAAGUCCUCUGUAUUCGUCCAUCCGCAGGUCCUUUUCUAAAAUCUCCACUCUUGGGAACAUUUGUGAAAACCUGCUUCUUCGGCGCCCGAAAAUGCCGAUCACGUGUGGACGGAAGGCUAACAUGGACAAAUAAAUCUCCGAUUUAAAAAAAAUAUAUAUCCGGAUACGUGUGGACGGGGCCUCAAAUUGCUACGAUUGAAUGUGACGGCUUUACGGGUAUGAUGCAAAUGAAUCCACCUUUUAUGAGCAAAACAUCUGCUCUGCAUGAGCAUCACGCUUGUUUGUACUUUGCAUCGUCGUUCACUGCACGACUGCGACGCAAAACGUCCGUAUGCGACGUUUUGUGUAGGGCACCGAACCCCCCACAGUGAACUAUUAUUUUCGGGCUGGGAUACAGUCAUUAAGAACUCAAAUCUAAGAAAAUGCGUCGACUUAUGUUAAAUUAAGCAUGGCUAAAUAAGCGCGAUAAAGUUUGAGAGAAUGCACAUUCUUUUCGCAAGUUACUUUUCGUGUCGGAGGCAUAAAUGGAUACGGAGAAAUUUUUUUAUGUGUUUUUGUCUGCUCGAUCGUCAUGCUCAUGUCCUAUUUUAUUUUUUAACCGUACGGUAUAUUGCUAAACUUUAAAUGUCGACCAACACAAGUUUUGUGUGAACAGGAUAUGACUACAUACUGGUUUAAAAGUCGCAAUUUCCAAACUCACAUUAUUGUAACAGUAAACAUCCCUUCCCUCCUCUCUCUCUCUCUCUCUCUCUCUCUCUCUCUUACACGUGUAACGGACACCUCCCUAAAACCUCAUAAACCUACUCCACCUCCCUAAAAGUGUUGGUCCCUGCCGUUCUUAACUGUUGUUUUUUUUUUUUGACAUUCUUAAGGAGAGUAGUAUAGGUCACACAGGUUAAUUAGACCCCUUUUUGUAGUGGAAUCUUAUUACUGUGAAGUGGGAUAAAUUAACGUCGAUGACAUGACAUCUUUAUCUCAGCAAAAAAAUGCGGUGGAAUCUCUUCAAGAUAACGUCACGAGCUAUUUUUAUGUAGUAUUUAGUGUAUGCAAUUAUUCUUAUAUUGAUGAUGUAACUUGUUGGGAUCUUGUCCUUAUUUUGUGAGAAUGAUGUCGUAGAUCAUUCUUAAUUAUGUGCGUCAUGUUUUUAUUUGGUCAUGAAGACACCUCUGAACCAUGACGCCUUCAUUGUCCAUUGCAGACAACUUAAUCUGUCUUCACACUAUACCGUAUAGUUUUUUGACGGGCACGAGAAUCAUACCGGAUGGGGUUUCAGUUCACACACAAGAGCGGUGAUUUCGGCGCGAUUUCUGUUAAACGGAGAGAAGCUGUGCCGCGCCGAUCUCUUAAGUGGAGAGUCACAUAUCGGAUAGAUGUUCACACUAUACCGGAUGGCUUUUCGUGUCGUUACCAAAGCGUAUCUGGUAUAGUAUGAUCAUAGCUUUAUUGUUCUGAUUCCGGUUCACUGAUUCUUGGCGCGCAAAGGAGAUAAAGACGUCAUCGGCGUUAAUUUAUUUCCCUUUAAAAAAGACGUCUACCGGGCUCGUCCUAUACUACCAAAGUGAACAAAUCUCUGCUUUAAUACUUUAAUAGGGAUACUCCUAAAAGAGUGUACACCAUACUAGUGCUGAUACCAGCGGGGUCGGCCUUAGAGAGAACAGACUUCGUGGCUGUCUAAAUAAAUACCUUCUACAAAAGUACUCUACAUUUUCUCUAUUAACUACAGUAUUUUCUUUCUUUCUUACAGCCGGAUGGGACAGAACUGUUUCAUUUUGUUGAUGGAUAUCCAUCUUGGGAUGCCUACCUCACAAGUAUGAUGGCAGAUGGUACAUGGGGUGAUCACGUGAUUCUACACGGCGCGGCAAACUGUUUUCAAACGUGCAUCAACGUGAUCAGCAGCCUGCAGCAUCGCCAUGAUGUAAUGAUCUGCCCAGAGUAUGAUGUUGCUGGUAGCAACCGGCUUGUGCUGGGUCACGUGUUCGAGCUUCACUAUGUUAGCCUUAUUCCACAUAAAGCAGGUAAAGAUGUCUGAUUAUACCGCGAUUCAAGAGUUGCUAACUCGCGUUAUGAAAUGGCAGACAUUUGAGUGGAACAUUUGACCUUAAUUGUGGCACCUCAUUUGCAAAGAUGUUGGACGAAAUAAGAGGUCUAUCUUUACACAUGUACAGUUUUUAAUCCGUCAAUUUUCUUAUGACGGUACAAUUAGCCGUUUUAAUAGACUAAGUAUUCAUAAGAAAAAAAAUUUCUGUCUAAAACAAUUCAUGCAGCCUCCUCAAUUUCUUAGAUAAAUUGCUGUAGUUUUGUUAAUAGAACUUGGUUUUUAGGGCCAGCACCUUGCCUGCAGUCCCCUGUAAAAACUCCACCAUUUGAACCUGUUGUUGUAAAAAUCCUUGGAAAAUACGCGUACUAA